UUCGACGUGAGCGGACGUGUGGCGGAUUUUGUUGUUUUGGGUUUUGGUUUUUCACGUGAGCGGUUUUUGUUAAAAAUUUAAAUAAAAAAAUCGCUUGUAAAGGUUCUGAAGAGAAGUUGUUGCGCAAACGUCGGAUGUCUUUUUUUUUUAUCGUCGUCGCGUUUGCUUUAAUAGAAGAAGAAAAAGAAGUGUGUCAAAAACAAAAACAAAUAAUAAUUAAGACCAAGAAAAUAAAGCAAAAGUAUUAGUUCAAAUUAACAAAAUAAAAAACGCCACAUAACACAGAAUUAUGGGCAAGCUACUGAGCCUUCUGUCACGCGACGAUUCAAAUUGUUGCGCAGCCAAAUCCUACGAUGUCUUUCUGGACUUCGAGAAUGCCGCACCCACAGAGACUGAACGCGAGGUCUACGAGGAGGUAGAGCGUGUGCUUAAGGAAUCAGAAGUGGUGCUAGAGGAGAUACAAAUCUAUAAGGGCGCCGGCAAGGAGAUACGUGAAGCCAUUGCCGAUCCCUCACCAGAAGUUACAGGCAAGGCCUGGUCCGCUGUAUUGCCAUUGGUUACCAAGCUGAAACGUUGCUAUGAGCACUCCAUGAAUCUGGAUAAAAUAGUGCCCAAAUUGUUGGGUCAACUGGUUGGUGGCAAAUUGAAUCCAACGCAGCAUUUGGAGACACAGCAAGCGUUGGUCAAACAGCUGGCCGAGAUCUUAGAAUUUGUAUUGAAAUUCGAUGAGUACAAGAUGAAAACACCCGCCAUACAGAAUGAUUUUAGUUACUAUAGACGCAUUGUGAGCCGCCAGCGUGUGGAUUCCACAGAGAAUAUGUUGGUCAGCACGGAGCUGGCCAAUCGUAUGUCAUUAUUCUAUGCCCAUGCCACACCCAUGCUGAAAGUAUUGAGUGAGGCGACAUCGAAGUUUGUAAAUGACAAUGCGGACGAUGUGGAGAAUACAACAGAAACGUUAGGAACUAUGGCCAAAGUGUGCCUGAGAAUGCUGGAGAAUCCCAAACUACUGCAACAGAUUGAACGCGAGGAGACACAGAUGCUGGUUCUUCGUGUUAUGGUCGGUCUGGUCAUACUCUAUGAUCAUGUGCAUCCGGUUGGUGCAUUUGCACGCGGGGCCCAUGUCGAUGUUAAGGGAUGUGUACGAUUGCUGCAGGCACAGCCAGCUAUUAAAGCGGAACCCCUGCUCAAUGCCUUACGCUAUACGACAAAACAUCUGAAUGAGGAGAAUACGCCGAAAAAUAUACGCAAUCUUCUCGCCGCAUAAUAUUGAAUAGGAAGCAAUCAGACUGGGAUCAAUAAGGGUGGAGCGGAAGCAGGGGGAGAAGGGAAUCUGGGUGUUUCACCUAUGUAUUUACUAUCAGACUACCUACUACUGCUACUACCACCUACUACUACUACUACUGUAUAAUCCCAAAGAAUGUGUUUCUUUUACAAUGUGUACAAUUCUUUAAUGUGUAAUUUUGUGUAAUGAUUUAAAAGUUUUUUUUAUUUAUGUAAUUAAUAGGAUUCUAUUUUUAUUAUAAUUAAACAAAACGAGAAAGAAUGCAAAUUUUAA